CCAUAAUCAUUUUCGUCUUCUCUAUUUAUCUACCUUUACUAACUCUAAAAUUUUCCCACUUUCUUUAGCCACCCCUCAAAUACGGAGAGAUAAAAGAGUAAACACAAGUAACUCUUUUACUCAUCAUGGGGAAUUAUAGAUUUAGAUUAUCAGAUAUGAUACCAAAUGCUUGGUUUUACAAGCUCAAGGACAUGAGCAAGAGCAAAAGCAAAAGCAGAAUCAGAAGCCAUAGCCACACAACCUCAUCUUCAUCAACAUCAUCAUCAAAUCUACAACCAGACAAAAAAAGACAACCCCACAACAACCUUGGUUGUCAAAGGAAAUCAUAUUACAUUUCAAGAAACCUCAGUAGUCCAGCUGAAACAUUCUCCCAAAAUCCUAUCUCUUCUAACAGCCCAAAACCCUCUGACAAUCUCCAUUUCACUGAGCCACCAAGAAAAUCUUCAAAGAAAAGGCGCAGUACCAAUUAUAAGAGAAGAAAUUCUCCCAAACUUGUCAAUUCCUCUGCUUCAGCUACUUGUAGCUGCCGUGCUUCUGUUGAAUCUGUCUGGACUAAAGCUGAUUCCACACCCGAACAAUACCCAAAUUCACCUCAUUACUCCUCCUCAUCGUCCUCGUCACCAUCUUCAAUUUUGUCUCAAUUCAACUCUGACAAAAUCCAAACACCUGAAAAAUCAAACCCUAUGACUUCAAUUUCACCGUCUUGUGACUGCAGAACUGAUUACAUAAAGAAAGAUACAGUCAAUCUUGAUCAUGGAUUUCAAUCUGUUUCCAAAAUUGAUCUUCCCCCUAUCAUAACCAAGCCCGAAAAAUUCGACGAAGAAAAACAGAGGAUUGUGAAACAAGAACAGAGGAUUGUGAGAAGAGUAUCAUCAAGUGGUGUGAAGCUGAGAACAAAUUCACCAAGAAUAACAACAAACAGCAAGAAGAUUCAAGUAAGCAGAAAGAGUGUUUCUUCAAGGAGGACAAGUGUUACAGAGAGCUUUGCAGUGGUGAAAUCAUCAAGAAAUCCACAAAAAGAUUUCAGGGAAUCAAUGGUGGAAAUGAUAGUUGAGAAUAAUAUAAGGGCAUCAAAGGAUUUGGAAGAACUUCUUGCUUGCUAUCUUUCUUUAAAUUCAGAUGAAUAUCAUGAUCUAAUCAUCAAGGUGUUCAAGCAAAUCUGGUUCGACAUCACUGCAAUUCGACUUAAGUAAAUACUUGUAUAAGGAUCUAUGUAGUAUUUUCUUUUUCAGUAUCAUCUAAUACAUAAAUCUAUCAUUUAACAUAAUUUCAGUUGUCAUAUAUGCCUCUAUCUUUGGACGUAUACACGUAUUUUAGAACAUAAAUAUGGUAGAUGAAUAGUAUAUUUCCGAUCUUGAUUUGCUUAAGUGUGCGGAGAAAAAAAAGAGAGUACAGAAUCCAUAUCUUGUAAUAAGUAGAUUUGUCUGACUAUGACGUGAUUUUGUAUAUUAAUGGGGUAGUGUUGUCUGUUGGAGGUAUAAGUGGUAGUAAAAAUCUUGCCCCAAACAAACCUCACU